AGAAGAAAGAAAACAAGAAAGAAGAAAGAAAGAAGCCACAUGUUUGUGGGUAAAUUUGUUUCAGUAGCAAGUGUCCACAUUGUUAAACUAGGCAACAUUAAUGUAGAGGUACAGCCUAAGAAUCAUUUCUCUAGGAGCCAUGACUCUUGCUGGACAAAAACGCCCAGUGUUCCAAAUUGUGGGUGAAAUCUGAGGGGAGGGAAGCAUUCAUUAAGCUGCAGUUCUCUUCUCUCUGGGGCUUGUUGAGCCGGCUCCCAGCAGCCAUCCCAUUCACCUGCUCGGGUUCCUGCUAAGAACCGUUUCUCGCAGCGUCUCCUGCCCCCGCCCCCAUUCUUCCCAGAGAAAGUCUAGAUUUUCACGAACACAGACAGUUUUGUUUUCUCUGUUAAAAACAACUCUCCUAGACUGGAGCAGGCUUUGUGUGUCACCCCAGGAAACAGAGCGUUUCACUCCCGCUCCGAGGUAACUCUGCUGGGUGAGGUGCAGCCUGUCACCUGACCGGGCUCUGGAGCUGCCCCGGCAUCAGGCCGCAUUCCUUGAAUUCUUCCACCGGCACCAGCUUCCUGAUGAACCACUCCAAGUUCACUGAGCUGAGCGGAUUCCACUCGCUGUGCCCUCGGAAUCUGCUGCCCGAGUUUCUCACCCAGUCUCAAAACAUACCGCUGAGUAACCGCAUGGGCGCCUUGGAAGAGUAGCCCUCAGAAAGUAUCAAUGGGGACCUCAAAUGCUGGAGAAAAGUGACCUCUCAUGGAAUACAAAGGAUACCUGCUGCUACAUGUUUUUGUCCUACUACCUCUGAUUCCUGAAACACAGACUCUCCAGAUCUGUAGAGAGUCAACUGAUCAGACUUUUCACCAUGCAUCAACUCUUCAGGCUGGUUUUGGGACAAAAAGAUCUUUCACGAGCUGGGGACCUCUUCUCCCUAGAUGACUGUGAGAUUGAAGACAGCCUGACAGAAGCUUUGGAGCAGAUUAAAAUAAUUAGCUCAUCUUCAGAUUACCAAACCAAUAACAAUGACCAAGCAGUGGUGGAAAUUUGUAUCACAAGAAUCACAACAGCCAUCAGGGAGACAGAGUCGAUUGAAAAGCAUGCAAAGGCCCUUGUCGGACUCUGGGAUUCCUGCUUGGAACACAAUCUGAGACCUUCUGGGAAAGAUGAAGACACUCCUCAUGCAAAAAUUGCAUCUGAUAUCACGAGCUGUAUUUUACAGAAUUACAACCGGCCCCCUGUGACGGCAUUGGCCAUCCCCAUUGCAGUGAAAUUCCUCCACAGGGGCAACAAGGAACUGAGCAGGAACAUGUCUAACUACCUGUCCCUGGCUGCCAUGAACAAGGCGGAUCUCCUGGCCGACCACACGGAAAUGAUCAUAAAGAGCAUACUUCAAGGUAAUGUCAUGCUGUUGAGGGUAUUACCUGCUGUGUAUGAGAAACAACCUCAUCUCAUUAACAAACACCUGACAGAACUUCUGGCCUUGAUGCCUCAGCUGCAGCAACCAGAACAGUACCAUCUACUACGGCUUUUGCAUGUAGCAGCGAGAAGGAAACAGAUGGAGGUGGUUCAGAAGUGUAUUCCUUUCCUAAUCAAGCAUUUGAAGGAUUCCACUCAUAAUGACAUCAUCCUAAACAUCCUCCUAGAGAUAGCAGGCUAUGAGCCAAUGGCUCUGAACGGUUUUCUUCCAAUGCUGAAAGAGAUUGGUGACAGAUCCCCCUACCUCAUUGGACAAAUGGCAAGGAUCUAUGGAGCGGUUGGGCAUGUGGAUGAAGAGAGAGCCAGGGCUUGCCUGACGUACCUGGUGAGUCAGCUGGCCAACAUGGACCAUUCGUUUCACCAUGUUCUUCUGCUGGAGAUUCAGAGCAUCACCGACACCUUCUCCAUCCUGGGCCCUCAGAACAGAGACAUCUUCCGCAUGAGCAACAGCUUCACUGCCGUUGCCAAGCUCCUUACCCGACAGUUGGAAAACCCCAAGGCUGGAAGUGACAGGGAAAAAAUCAGUGCUGAGAUUGAGUUCCCAGAAAAACUGGAAGCACCCAAGCUCACGGUAGCUGAAAGUGACCCUGAGAAACACCAAGUUAAAAAUCAGCCUUUUCAAGACAAAAUAAUUGCUGAGAGCAAUACUUCUAGCUCUAUCAGAAGAUACAGUUUGGACCAAAUUUCAAAAGAAGAAAGAAAAAACAUUAGAUUUAACAGAUCCAAAAGUUUGGCUCUAAACACUGUGCUCACAAAGGGUGUGAGUUCGGAUGAUGGGGACCAUGUCGAGAGGGGAGCUCUCCCGGCCAGCCUCUCUCUCUCAGGAAUAGACCCACUGGGUCAAGAAAGUGAUGAGUUGCCCUUUAAGAUGGACACUGACAGAUCACAGCUGGGAAAUGCUUCAGUUUCACACCCAAAUAUUAUACAUCUAGAAUCAGAGAAUUCGCCAGAAACUGUUAGAGUGAACUUCCAGGAAGAAACUCCAGAGACAACCUCAAGUCCCAUAGAAUACCAAGAUGAGCUCUACUUGUACUUAAAGGAGAACCUCAGUAAAGUGAAAGCAUAUGCCAUGGAAAUUGGGAAGAAGAUUCCUGUCCCAGAUCAGUGCACCAUCGAAGAGACUGCGAAAAGCUGUGCUGCAAAGUUGUUCUUUACCUGCUCCCUGAAGGGUCACUACUGCUUAUACAGUAAGUCCAGCUUUGUUCUCAUCAGCCAAGAACCUCAGCCAUGGAUCCAGAUCAUGUUUCUGUUUCAACAGAGCCUGUUUCCUGAGCCCCUGUCCAUUCAGAGUCCUUCUGUGCAAUUCCUCAGAGCUCUGUGGGAGAAGACGCAGGCAGGGCAGGCAAGGGGAGCUCACAGCUUUGAAACCGCCAUCAUGGAGUCCACGUUUCCCCAGCAGAAGGAUCUGGACCAGGUACAGCUCCAUCUGGAAGAAGUGAGGUUCUUCGACGUGUUUGGCUUCAGCGAAGCAGCAGGAGCAUGGCAAUGCUUCAUGUGCAACAAUCCUGAAAAGGCUACCGUUAUAAAUCAAGAUGGCCAGCCUCUCAUAGAAGGGAAACUUAAAGAGAAGCAAGUCAGAUGGAAAUUCAUCAAAAGGUGGAAAACCCGUUAUUUUACACUGGCUGGAAAUCAACUUCUGUUUCAGAAAGGAAAAUCUAAAGAUGAUCCUGACGAUUCUCCGAUAGAACUCAGCAAAGUACAGAGUGUGAAAGCUGUGGCCAGGAAACGCAGGGACCGCUCUCUCCCCCGAGCUUUUGAAAUCUUCACGGACAAUAAAACCUAUGUGUUCAAGGCCAAGGACGAGAAGAAUGCAGAAGAAUGGCUCCAGUGCAUCAACGUGGCGCUUGCCCAAGCGAAGGAGAGAGAAAGUAGAGAAGUGACCACAUAUCUGUAGGGAUUUACGCGCUGGCUCAUGCCGCUCUACACAGUAAGCAUUGUGUUGCUAUUACACAUGUCAAGAAAAGGAGCUAAAUUCACCAAACCAUGUUAGGUCUUUUUUUUUUUUUUUUUCCUUACUAAAUACCAGUGGAAUAGUAAGUGUCCCUAAGCAGAAGGGCCUGAAAUGGCAGGAUUCCUAGUCAAUUUCAUAACCUAAUGGAUUUUAUCUCCAAACCAGAACACCUGUCUGAUGCAUACAAGGAAUAGGGGCUCAUCCUAUACCCACAGAAGGUGUGAGACCAAAAAAGGAAAAGCCACUGAUCGAGAGGCCUCUGUAGACACAUCAUGGAAGACUAUGAGAGAACAACAUUAAAUGGUACCCGAACCACCUAUCCUGAGGAAGGAUGGGCAUUUCUGAUGAAAAUCACAGGCUGUGGAUAGCAUUCAAAGAAAAAGAAAAACCUAAAAACUGAGUUAACUUACAUAGAAGGAAAACUAUGUAACUUACUUAUGGACAUAAAAUUACAUUUAUCCCCUUGUCAUACAAAUGAAGCCAAUACAUGGUAAAAUGA